AUGUCAUUUGGAGAAAUUGCGUCCAAUACAUAUGCUUGUGGAGUACAGUACUGGAUAUCUCCCACUGCCGCAGAUUAUUGUCAAGACUCUGAGUAUGGGCACACAUGGGAUGGAGAAGCCUCAGAACAUUUUGAUUGCAAACGCACAGAAUCCGAACACCAAGUGUCUCAGAGGAUAAACCGAACCUUGGAGAGCUAUUUUUGCAGCAAUUUAAUUGCAAUCAAUGUAAAUGCCGCCGAUAGUGCUCUCGAUGUCCACGCAUUCGAUAUCAAAGUGAGUGGACUGUCUCCCGUAGACUACCGAGGAGAGCUUCCGGUAGAUUGCACCCCUCGAAUGUGGCUGUCAACCGAAGAAGGAGCGAGUGGGAAUCUAACAUUUAGGCAUCCUCCGCGCUCAUAUCUUUCACCUUGGGAGCUUUGUCGGGGGUCUCACAUCGAAGUGGAAGCGAAAUUAGUUACCAGAAAGCUGAUUACGUCCUUGAUUUGGAGAGAUAUCAUCCUUAGUUCAGACCCGACGUACAAGAAUGUACCGCUGUUCCCAUUAUGUGAGCCGGUGGACUUGCUGGUUAAACAAGUUCAAGUUUACCUGUGCCUUUUCAGCCGAGCUUUCCACACGACCCAUCACACCCAACAGCAAGCUCCCUAUGACAGUCUCGAAGAUGAUGCCAACAUAUGCGAUUACAUUGAAGACUACCGGUCGGGGUCGGUACUUGACGUAGUCGGCUCCGUCGGCGGUCUCUUUGCAUUGCUUCAGACUACCCACGUAUUCUUGCUUGGAAGACCAUUGCUAUGGGGUCUCACAGGUCAGUGUGAUUCCCGGCCGUUAAAACGUGUCUCUAUUGACAAGAAGGAUUCAGGUGCCAAGCUCAUCACUCCAUUUGGGUUCCUUGGUACACUCGGCUCCAAGGGAUUUGAGCAACAAUUGAAGGAUCAGUACCAAACUAAACCGACGAAUGAUGACAGGGACACCAUUCGCAUCGCAUCGUUCCUUCGCGACUUUGUGCUUGACUUUGGUCCCGCGAUGCCGGAAGCGAGAUCAAGAUCGUUUUUCAAGGGCUCGCCACGAACACCAAGAAAUUGGAUGUCUCCGGCUAUUGCAACUGACUAUAUAGACUUGUCUGGGUCUACGAUGUGA